AAGGGUGACGCCGAAAUUCUUUUACGUCAAUUUCCCAUUACCGGCGAGAACUACAUACAAGCAUGGACCACUCUGAAGAAGCGUUAUGACAACAAAAGGUACAUUGCUAACUGUCAUUUUAAGAGGUUCUUUGGCCAAAGGGCAAUCGUUCAAGAAUCAGCCACCUCAUUAAAACAACUGCUAGAUACAUCGGUCGAAUGUCUAAACGCACUAAAAAACCUUAGUUUGCCUACAGCCGAAUGGGAUGCCAUUGUCAUUCAUGUCAUAGUGUCUAAACUGGAUCCUGAAACUCAUAAGCACUGGGAAAGGUUAGUUAAUGAAGACAUGGCAGUUUUUCCAGCCUUUGAGAAAUUGAAGUUGUUUUUGGAAAAUCGGUUCAGAACUCUGGAAAUGGUGGAUUCAGUUAAUAAGAAUCACAAACCAACAAAUUCCAAGACGUUUCAUGUGGCAGCCGGCUUUGAUAGCGGAGACAUUCAAUGCGCAUUUUGCAAGGAAAGACAUCACAUCUAUAACUGCAAACAAUUUGCAGAUCAGCCAGUCGAUGAAAGCGCUCGUUGAUGUAGCGUCGGAGUGUGGACAACCAUUGGUCUGCAGAGCACUGAUCCAUCAAGGGUCCGAAGCUUCAUUUGUCACAGCUCGGGUAGCCGAGUUGUUAAGGUCGAAGAAAACGGCAAAUAGCAAAGAGUUUCCUAGGAUCAGCGAAGACAACAACAUGUGCAUCAAAGGCAAGGUGGAUUUACAAAUCUCGUCGAGGUAUACACCAGAUUUUACUGUGAAGGUAAACGCUUAUGUUAUAAAUUCGUUUCAUCGCAAUAUGCCAGCUAAGAAAAUCAAUAAUAACAUAUUACCUCGACUUGAUAACAUUAAGUUAGCUGACCCCACCUUUGACACCCCAAGUGGUAUUGAUAUUCUUCUUGGGGCUGAUGUUUUUGGCAAAAUUAUUGACUCUGGUUUUAAGAGAGGACAGGGCAAUGUUAUUGCUCAAUGCACACACAUAGGGUGGAUAUUAACUAAUGACAUAAGUACCAUUUCUGCCAAUUUACAAACAACCAGAAGUUGUCCUAGCAUGCGUCAAGUAAAGGAAGGUAAAGUAAAAUUCAAGCAAAAAAUAAGUACAGAGAUACCAGCUUCAGGAGUUAGACCUCUUCGCGCUAAAGUCAAAACUAAAGUCGAUAUACCAAUUCAGCAAUCAAACUUAAUGUACAGUUAGCGCAAGGUGGGCGGUCAACGUCAUCAUAAUUGUUACCUAUUUGAUAAUAAAUAUUACAUAUAUUUUUGUCCCAGUUUUGAGAUUGAUGUACAAAUUGACGUUUUAUUAAUGUUUAACAUACGAUUUUUCGUUAGUAGUAUGCUGUGGUUUAGCGAUGUUUGCUUUAAUUAAGAUGUUUCACUUCUUUGUUCUAU